AGUCCCGAGUUGAGUCUGGAGAAUUGCAGCGACCAGCGAAGAAGAGGAAGAAGACAGCACUGGGAACUGCCCUGCAGAGACUUGGACGUCUCUCCCCACACACAACAUGAAGAUCUAUGGGGUGGCCCUCCUCCUCUUCCUCCUGAUGGCUCCCUUUGCUCUCGCCCAGGACAACAACGCUGGAAGGACAAUGCUGUGCUGCGUUUCCUACACCUCGAAAGCAAUUCCCUGCAGGAUCCUGAAAUCCUACCAUGCCGCAGAUGGGCAGUGCCCUCUUCCAGCCACCAUAUUUGUCACCCAAAGAAAUGCAAAGAUCUGCGCCAACCCGGAAGACCAAUGGGUCCAGGAGUGCCAGCGUAGAAUCGACGCCCAGCCUCAACGUUGACACCCCUCCUUCCGAGGAAGAGGCAAGAAAGCGGCUUUGCCUGCCCAUGAUCAACUCCACUAAAAUCAAGCAAAAGUAUUAAAAGGAAGCACCUGAGCAU